AUGCACCGCAGCCGGUGCAGGGCUGCACUCCAGCCUCAGACUCCUCUCCUGACCCUCAGCACGUCCUACCUGGGCUUUAGUCCUCUCGGCCCUCGGCUCCUGCGCGCUCUUCGCGGGCAGCUGGCUUUGCAGCGGGGCGGAGAGGAAGCGCCCCGAGACCCUCUCCGGGGGAAGGCGCACCCCUCGGGCAGGGCGCUCGGGCAGCAGAGGCCGAGUCGGGGUCCCGCAGACCCAGCAACUCCGCAGGCGGCGCUCAGCCCGGUCGGGCUCAAGCCGGGGUCCCCGGCAGGGGGCGCCCCAAGUCCCGCCCGGGAGCUCCGGGAGCCUCCGGCCAGCUCCUGGGACGGUCCCGCGCUCCGCCCCUCGGUUCCCCGGGCGGAGCACCCCGGGCCGCGCAGCGGGACCAGCACCCGGGCAGAGCACCCCCCGGGACCGAGCACCCCGGGAGGAGCACCCCGGGCCGCGCAGCCGGGACCAAGCACACCGGGACCAGCACCCCGGGCAGAGCACCCCCGGGACCGAGUACCCCGGGCAGAGCACCCCGGGUCGCGCAACGGGACCGAACACCCCGGGACCAGCACCCCGGGCAGAGCACCCCGGGCGGAGUACCCCGCGCGCUCCGUGCCGUCCCCCGCAGCUCCAGGCCCGAGUCCCCAGGCCCCCAUGAGGAGCCCCGUCAUGGCGAUGUUCAAGCAGCAGAAGGUGGAGGACUUCUACGACAUCGGCGAGGAGCUGGGCAGAGGCCAGUUCGCCGUGGUGAAGAAGUGCCGCGAGCAGAGCAGCGGGCAGGAGUAUGCAGCCAAGUUCAUCAAGAAGCGGCAGAGCCCGGCCAGCCGGCGGGGCGUGCUCCGGGAGGAGGUGGAGCGGGAGGUGGGUGUCCUGCGGCAGCUGCUACACCCCCACAUCAUCAUGCUGCAUGACGUGUAUGAGACCCGCAGCGACGUGGUGCUCAUCCUGGAGCUGGUGUCUGGAGGGGAGCUCUUCGACUUUCUGGCGCAGAAGGAGUCGCUGAGUGAGGAGGAGGCCACAAGCUUCAUCCAGCAGAUCCUGGACGGGGUGAGCUACCUCCAUGGCAAGAAAAUCGCCCACUUUGAUCUCAAGCCAGAAAACAUUAUGUUGUUAGACAAGAAUAUCCCCAUCCCACACAUCAAGCUGAUUGACUUUGGCCUGGCCCAUGAAAUAGAAGAUGGAGUUGAAUUUAAGAACAUUUUUGGGACGCCAGAAUUUGUUGCUCCAGAAAUUGUGAACUAUGAGCCACUGGGACUGGAGGCUGACAUGUGGAGCAUCGGAGUCAUCACCUACAUCCUCCUGAGUGGGGCGUCCCCUUUCCUGGGGGACACGAAGCAGGAGACGCUGUCGAACAUCACAGCCGUGAGCUACGACUUCGAUGAGGAGUUCUUCAGCCAGACCAGCGAGCUGGCCAAAGACUUCAUUCGGAAGCUGCUAGUGAAAGAGACCCGGAAGCGUCUCACUGUCCAGGAGGCUCUCCGACACCCCUGGAUCACACCGGUGGACCAGCAGCAGGCCAUGGUGCGCCGGGAGUCCGUGGUCAACCUGGAGAACUUCAAGAAGCAGUACGUGCGCCGACGCUGGAAGCUCUCCUUCAGCAUCGUCUCCCUGUGCAACCACCUCACCCGCUCCCUCAUGAAGAAGGUCCAGCUGAAGCCCAGUGAGGACCUGAGGAACUGCGAGAGCGACACGGAAGAGGAGGUCGCCAGGAGGAAGGCACUGCACCCUCGCCGGAGGAGCAGCACCUGACAGUGGCUGGCUUGGCCCUGGAGCCCCAGGCCAGCGGGCUCCCACCUGCAGGUCCUGUCCCCACUGUCCCCAGCACUGGGGAUCUGACAAGAUGGGCCUGCAGGCUUCCGUGGACAUGGCUGGGAACCCAGAGGUCGUGGGCACUGUGACCGUCUACCAGGAGGAGGCGCCGGCCUGCCCACACCUCCGAUUCCCCACCAAAUGGCCUUCUGCUGUCUGCCAGCCUCGGAACCCCGGGUGGACAUGCAGGGACAUCUGAAAAGGAGGCCAGCCCCAUGGGCAGCCUGGUGAAAAGUGACCCCAGGAAGCAGGGGCCACCCCCGGGGGACAGAGCGCAUGAGGGACCAACCCUGAGGCCUCCAGAGCCCACAUGGAGCUGGGCUGAAGCACGCCAGGCCGCCAGAGACCAGCCGACUGUGCCUCUUCCUCCACUUUUACUAAACUGGUUUGUUGAGGGCGUGGCUUCCUUCCCGGUCAGCUGCAUCUUUCCUGGAGGCACCCAGGGCUGGGGUGCCGAUGGGCAUCCCCCCAGAUGGUGAGGCUGAGCCCUUCCGGGCCCCAGGUGUCUCCUUCACACCAGCCCAAGUGUCCUGAGACCCGGGGCAGCUCUCAGCUGUGUCUCUGCCCGGACGAGCUGCAUCAUGGCUUCCCUCGUUGAAGUCCCAAGCCCAGAACUGGAGUCAAUGGUCACUUUGGAGAAGGGUCUCUAAGGAGGUGACUCAUGUGACAGGAAGUUGCUGGGUGGGCUUCACAAGGGGCCGCAUCCUCCUCAGAAGUCGGAUGAGGACACAGGGAAGUUGGCAGGCACGCCGGAAGGUGCUGUCCCCGGCCUCGAGGAGCCAGGGCCGGCUGCCCCUCAGCCUCUCACCUCCUUCUCUGUGACUGUCAGAA